AUGGCGAAGGCGGCGGAGCGGGGCGGUGUGUGGCUCCUGUCCCUGCUGUCCCUGCUGCCGCUGCCCGCCGCCGCCCGGCCGCCCGCCUCCUUCCCCAGCGAUGUGAACGGGCACAGCCUCCACCCGCCCUACUUCAACCUGGCCGAGGGCACCCGCAUCUCCGCCACCGCCACCUGCGGCGAGGAGCCGGCGGGCGCCGGCAGCCGGCGCGCCGUGGAGGAUCUGUACUGCAAGCUGGUGGGGGGCCCGGUGGCCGGGGGGGACCCCAACCAGACCAUCCAGGGCCAGUACUGUGACAUCUGCUCCUCUGCAAACAGCAACAAGGCCCACCCCAUCACAAAUGCCAUCGAUGGGACCGAGCGCUGGUGGCAGAGCCCCCCUCUGUCCCGGGGGCUGGAGUUCAACCAGGUCAACGUCACCCUGGACCUUGGACAGCUCUUCCACGUAGCAUAUGUCCUGAUCAAGUUUGCCAACUCCCCUCGUCCUGACCUCUGGGUGCUGGAGAGAUCGACUGAUUUUGGCCUCACCUAUGAGCCCUGGCAGUAUUUUGCCUCUUCCAAGAGGGACUGCAUUGAGAAGUUUGGCCAGCACACCGUGGACCGUAUCACCAGGGAUGACCACGCCAUCUGCACCACGGAGUACUCCAGGAUUGUGCCUUUGGAGAAUGGGGAGAUUGUUGUGUCCCUGGUGAACGGGCGCCCAGGAGCCAUGAACUUCUCCUACUCCCCUCUGCUGCGGAACUUCACCAAGGCCACCAACAUCCGCCUGCGCUUCCUGCAGACCAACACUCUGCUGGGCCACCUGAUGGGCAAGGCUCUGAGGGACCCCACGGUCACCAGGAGGUACUACUACAGCAUCAAGGAUAUCAGCAUUGGAGGGCGCUGCGUGUGCCACGGCCACGCCGACGUCUGCGAUGCCAAAGACCCCAACGACCCUUACAGGCUGCAGUGUGACUGCCAGCACAACACCUGUGGUGGCUCCUGUGACCGCUGCUGCCCUGGCUACAACCAGUUCCCCUGGAAGCCUGCCACCGCCGACAGCGCCAACGAGUGCCAGCCCUGCAAUUGCAAUGGCCAUGCCUACGACUGCUACUACGACCCGGAGGUGGAUCGACACAAAGCCAGCAGGAGCCGUGAGGACAAGUUUGAAGGGGGAGGUGUUUGUAUUGACUGCCAGCACCACACCACUGGCAUUAACUGUGAGAGGUGCAUCCCUGGCUAUUAUCGCUCCCCCGACCAUCCCAUCGAUUCUCCUUACGUUUGCUACCGCUGUAACUGUGAGUCUGACUUCACCGAUGGCACCUGCGAGGACCUGACCGGGCGCUGCUACUGCAAACCCAACUACACCGGGGAGCACUGCCACGCCUGUGCCGAGGGCUACCUCAACUUCCCCCACUGCUACCCCAUUCCAGCUUUCUCUCACAACAGUACUGGAGAACAAGUGCUUCCUGCAGGACAGAUAAUAAACUGUGACUGCUACGCGGGAGGGACAGAGGGCAACGCCUGUCGCAAGGACCCCCGGGUGGGGAUGUGUGUGUGCAAACCCAACUUCCAGGGCACACACUGUGACCAGUGUGCCCCAGGCCACUACGGGCCCGGCUGCCAGCCCUGCCAGUGCUCUGGCCCUGGUCAGUACGAUGGCACCUGUGACAGUGACACGGGGCAGUGUCUGUGCCGGACGGGCUUUGAAGGGCACUCGUGUGACCAGUGUGCUCCAGGCUACUUCAACUAUCCUCUGUGCCAGUUGUGUGGCUGCAGUGCUGUGGGGACGCUGCCAGGAGGCUGUGACUCUGCUGGGAAUUGUUUCUGCAGGGCUGAGUUUGCAGGGCCACGCUGUGAGCAGUGCAGCCCUGGCUACCACUCCUACCCCCACUGCUAUGCUUGCUCCUGCGAUCCCCGGGGUGCAGUGGACAACACCUGCAGCCCAGCCGGGCAGUGCCGAUGCCACGGGAACUUUGCAGGGCACACCUGCAGCCAGUGUGCCCUGGGCUUCUAUGGAUUCCCCAGCUGCACACCGUGCCAGUGCUCCCGGGAGGGGUCCCUGCACGGCUCCUGUGAGCAGGACACGGGGCAGUGCAGCUGCCGGCCCGGGGUGACGGGGCUGCGCUGUGACAGCUGUGAGCCCGGUGCCUACGGCUUCCCCCACUGCCAAGUGGGCUCCUGUAACCCAGCAGGGUUGGAGACUGCAGAUCCCUCGCUGGCCCCGGGCUCCUGUGCAUGUCGGGCAUACGUGGAAGGCCCAGCUUGUGACAGAUGCAAGCCUGGAUACUGGAACCUGACUCCAGAGAACCCCUAUGGCUGCCUGAGCUGCAAGUGUGACACCAAGGGCACCAUCAGUGGGAUCACAGAGUGCCGGCAGGGCGAUGGGCAGUGUUUCUGCAAAGCCAACGUGUGUGGGAAGCUCUGUUCAGCCUGCAAGGAUGGCUACUUCAACAUGGAGAAUGCUAAUUACUUUGGCUGCCAAGGCUGCCGGUGCGACGUCGGCGGGGCGCUGGGGCCGUCGUGCGAGGCGCGGAGCGGAGCCUGUCGCUGCCGGCAGGGCACACGGGGUCCCACCUGCACGCAACCAGCACGGGAUCAUUAUUUCCCUGACCUUCACCACUUGAAAUUCGAGCUGGAGGAAGGCACCACGCCGUCGGGCCGGGCUGUGCGCUUUGGCUACAACCCCUUGGAGUUUGAGGGCUUCAGCUGGCGAGGCUAUGCACAGAUGUCCUCCAUCCAGCCCAAGGUAGUGGUGACUGUCAAUGUGACCUCCCCCGACCUCUUCCGCCUCGUCUUCCGCUACGUCAGCCGGGGGCCCGCCAGUGUGCAAGGGAGGGUCUCGGUCCUUGAGGAAGGAAAGUUUAAUGUUUGUGCCAACUGUACAGAGCAGACCAAGCAGAUUGUCUUUGCCCCCAGCACGGAGCCAGCCUUUGUCACUGUGCCCCAGAACAGCUUCGGGGAGCCCUUCGUGCUCAACCCCAGCACCUGGUCCCUGGUUGUGGAAGCACAGGGGGUGCUGCUGGACUACCUGGUUUUGCUGCCCAGCUCAUACUACGAAGCACCAAUCCUGCAGCUGAAGGUCACGGAGCCUUGUGUCUACCAGCCAGCCCCUGAACAAGCCACCCAGAACUGCCUCCUGUACAAGUACCUGUCUGUGGAGGGCUUCCCUGCUGUGCCAGGGGUGGAUGCAGUGUGCAGGAUGGACAACAGGCUCCCCAGGCUGUGUCCCACGGAGCAGCUCACCCCCUCCCACCCCCCCAUGGCCACCUGCAGUGGCACUGAUGUGGAAGUGCAGCUGUCCCUGGCCGUGGCCCAGCCUGGGAAGCACGUGCUGCUGGUGGAAUAUGCCAACACCAACGCCCUGCAGAGCGUGGCCAUCGCCGUCAGCUCGCCGCACUCGCCAACGCAGCAGGGCACCUUCACCUUCUACCCCUGUGCCUACAGUUUCCUUUGUCGAGGGAUUGCUGUGGAUUCCCAGAGUCGAAUGGCAACUUUUGAACUCACCUCAGAGGCCACUGUUCGGUUCACCUCUGAUCUGGCCGAUUUCUUCCUGCACAAAGUGUACCUGAUCCCUGCUGCACAGUUCACCAUGGAGCUCAUCGAGCCGAAGGUGCACUGCAUCAGUGUCCAUGGCACCUUCUCAUCCAACAGCAGCUCCUGUGUCCCCUCAAGGUUCCUGAAGCUUUCUCAGUCGAUCAUUCUGGAGGGGGCCCAGGCUCUGCCCAUUCCCCCAGAGGUGCCCCUGGCUCAGGCUGUCCAUGUGGCUCCAUCUGGGGUGCCAGUGCAGCCCGCUCCUCGUCCUCCCACAGCCAUGGACCCCUCUGCAGAGCUCAUCCUCCUGCAGUCCCCACAGGCUGCAGUGGUGUUCAGCAGCAGGAUCCAGAGCCUGGGACGCUACGCCUUCAUCCUGCACCUGUACCAGCCCAGCCACCCCAGCUUCCCCGUGGAGGUGCUCAUCAACGGAGGGCGCAUCUGGCAAGGUCAGACCAAUGCCAGUUUCUGCCCUCAUGGCUAUGGAUGUCGGAGCCUGGUGGUUUCUGAGGACCAAACCAUCCUGGAUGUUACUGACAAUGAUCUGACUGUGGUGGUUCGAGUGCCAGAGGGCAAGCAGCUGUGGCUGGAUUACAUCCUGGUGGUGCCUGAGGACAGCUACAGCCCCCAGUACCUGCAGGAGGAACCCCUGGACAAGUCCUAUGAUUUCAUCAGCAGCUGUGGCAUCAACAGCUUCUACAUCAACCCCAGCACGUCCUCGAGGUUCUGCCGUGACUCUGCCAUCUCCCUGUCCCUCUUCUACAACGAUGGGGCGCAGCCGUGUGCCUGCCACGAGGCGGGGGCGCGGGGCAGCCAGUGCCAGCCCCUCGGGGGACAGUGUCCCUGCAGGCCCAACGUCAUCGGCCGCCAGUGCUCCCGCUGUGCCACCGGAUACUGGGGCUUCCCCAACUGCAGGCCCUGUGACUGCGGGACACGUCUGUGUGAUGAGGUGACAGGGCAGUGCAUCUGUCCUCCCCACACCCUGAAGCCCGAGUGUGUCGUGUGUGAGCCCCAGACGUUCGGGUGCCACCCCCUGAUCGGCUGUGAGGACUGCAACUGCUCCCGGCCCGGCGUGCAGGAGCUGGCAGAGCCGGGCUGCGACGUGCACAGCGGCCAGUGCAGGUGCAAGCCCAACAUCAUCGGGCGGCAGUGUGACCUCUGUGCCCCUGGCUACUACCACUACCCUGAGUGCAGGCGCUGUGACUGCCACCAGGCUGGCACCCAGGCCAGCGUGUGUGACCCGGUCACAGGGCAGUGUCACUGCAAGGAAAAUGUGGAGGGCCCGAGGUGUGACCAGUGCCGCCUGGGGACAUUUUCUUUGGAUGCCACCAACCCCAAGGGCUGCACCAAGUGUUUCUGCUUCGGUGCCACCGACCGCUGCCGCAGUGCCGAGAAGCACCGGGCUGAGUUUGUCGACAUGCACGGGUGGCUCUUGCUGAGCAGCGACCGCCACGAGGUGCCAACAGCUCUGAGCCCACGGGAGCAGCUCGUCACUGCUGACCUCAAAAACCUCCCAGAUGCCUACCAGGAGCUCUACUGGGUUGCACCCAGCUCCUACCUUGGGGACCAGGUUUCCUCCUAUGGAGGGCACCUUCGCUACGAGCUGCACUCCAACCCUCGCAGGGGUGACGUGUUCAUUCCCAUGGAGUCCCGGCCCGACGUGAUCCUCAAGGGAAAUCAGAUGAGCAUCAUGUUUCUGGAAGGUGCCUACCCGUCCCCAGGGGAGCCACAUCAAGGCCAGCUGCAGCUGGUGGAGGGUAACUUCAGGCACACAGAGACUCACAACCCUGUGUCCAGAGAGGAGCUGAUGAUGGUGCUGGCAAACCUGGAGCAGCUGCAGAUCCGGGCACUGUUCUCCCAGCUCUCUUCCUCCGUGUCCCUGCGCCGUGUGGUGCUGGAGAUGGCCACAGACACAGCCACGGGCGUCCGUGCCAGCAACGUGGAGCUGUGCCUGUGCCCAGCUAACUACCAGGGGGACUCCUGCCAGGAAUGUGCUCCAGGUUACUACAGGGACACCAAGGGGCUCUUCCUGGGAAAAUGCAUCCCCUGCCAUUGCAAUGGCCACUCAGAUCAAUGCCUGCCAGGCUCUGGGAUAUGCCUUAACUGCCAGCACAACACAGAAGGAGACCACUGUGAGCGAUGCAAGGACGGCUACAUGGGCAGCCCCUCUGCCCAGGAGCCCCUGCAGUGUGUCGGGUGCCCAUGCCCUCUUUCAGUUGCCUCCAACAAUUUUGCUGUUGGCUGUGUCCACAAGGGCUCCAACAUGCAGUGCCUCUGCAAGCCAGGCUACGCUGGACCAAACUGUGAGCGGUGUGCCCCGGGAUACUUCGGCAACCCGCUGGUGAUCGGCAGCUCGUGCCAGCCGUGUGACUGCAGCGGGAACACGGAUCCCAACAUGCUGUUCAGCAGCUGUGACCCGCUGACGGGCGCCUGCUCGGGCUGCAUGCACCACACGGCCGGCGCGCGCUGCGAGCUCUGCGCGCCCGGCUACCACGGGGACGCCGUGCUGGCCAAGAACUGCACCCAGUGCAACUGUUCACCUUGUGGGACUGACUCCUGCCAUCCACAAACUGGGCAGUGCUUCUGCAAGCCUGGAGUGACGGGCCAGCACUGUGACCACUGCGAGGACGGGUACUACGGCUUCGAGGGCUGCUCGGGCUGCCGGCGGUGCGAGUGCGACGUGGGCGCCGUGGGGAGCAGCUGCCACCUGCAGAGCGGGCAGUGCCGCUGCCUGCCCGGGGUCAGCGGCCCCCGCUGCCACCAGUGUGCCCCGGGCUACUGGGGCUUGGGCCGGGCCGGCUGCACAAAGUGUGAGUGCAGAGGGGGCUCCUGUGACCCCCGCACAGGGGAGUGCACGUGUCCCAGCGGGCUCACCGGGAAGCAGUGCGACGUCUGCCUGCGCCAGCACGAGGUCCUGGUGGCCAACGGCCCCGACAGCAUCAAGUGUGAAGUGUGUGACAGCUGUGUCCUGCUCCUGCUGGAGGACCUGCAGAGCAUCGAGAUGUCCUUCCCGUCCAUCCGCGGCCAGCUGGUCACCCUCAACGCCAGCUCCAUCGCCUGGGCUCGCCUGCACGGCCUCAACGGCACCAUUCUGGCCAUUGCUAACCAGCUCCGUGAGUACCACAGAGCCAUGAGCAGGGCCAGGCAAAGGGCUGAUGAGCUGGAGGAUGAGAACAUGGAUCUCACACAGGACCUGAACGCUCUGCAGCACAAAAUGACCAUGACUCACAGAGAAGCAGUUCGUGUUGAGCAGCACACGAGGGACAUAUACCAGAGGGGGGAACAGCUCCUGCUGCACAUCCAGAGCAUCCACAGGGGCAUUGCAGAGCUGGUGCGGCAGAAGGCCAGGAUCGGGGCAGAGAACGCCAGCACCACGUCCGCAGAGGAGUUCCGGCAGAAGCUGGCCGAGGUGGAGAGGAUGCUGAGGGAGAUGAAGGAGAGGAGCCUGGGAGCCCAGGAGGAGCUGGCAAGGCGUGAGCACGAGGAGGCUAAGAAAUUGCUGCAUCGUGUGAGGAGCGAGCUGCACGCCCGCUGGCAGUCCAACCAGGACCUGCUGAGCAGCAUCCAGGAGAGACUGGCCCAGCACAGCUCCCAGCUCAUGGAUCUGCGAGAUGCCCUCAACGAGGCCGUGAACAAAACCAGGCAGACAGAGGAGCUCAACAGCCUGAACCGAAACAACCUGGAGGAGACUCAGCAAAAGAGCCAGGAGCUCCAGAAGCAGCAUGCACUGGUGCAGGAGACCCUGCAGAUGGCCAGGGAUGCCCUUGCCCAGGUCUCUGACUUCCUGCAGAUGAUGGAGCGUGCCAAGGAGGCCUAUGAGAAGCUGGCAGCGCUGCUGGAUGGGGCCAAGCUGCCCCUGACCGAGCGGGUGAAGAAGUUCUCCCCAGCCAGCAGCAAGAUCCCCAUGGUGGAGCAGGCAGAGGAGCACGCCCGGCUCCUGGAUGAGCUCGCACGGAACCUGUCUGGCAUUAUCCAGGACACAAACCAGGAUGGCUUCAUCCAGAGGGCAGUCAAUGCCUCCAAUGCCUAUGCCAGCAUCAUUGAAGCUGUGAGGAAAGCAGAGCAGGCAGCCCACGAUGCUGACAAGGCAGCCAGCGAGGCCCUGAUGAAUGUCAUAUCAGAAAACCUUGGGGCCACCUCCAGAACACUGAAGAGGAACAGCAGCAGCCUGGAGGAGGCUGCAAGGAGACAGCAGAGCAAACUCAAUGGGGCUAUUAAAGGCACUCUGCAGACAGCAAAGGACAAGCUGGCUGGUCUCCGUGUGAAGAAGGAGCAGCUCCUGAGCCAGCUGCAGUCUGUGCAGGACAUGCUGGGCAGGGAGCAAGAGGACACAAAGGACACGAUCCAGAAUGCCAAAGCAGCUGCUGCUGAGGCCAACGAAACAGCUGCAAGAGUGGAGGAUGCCCUGAGCACCAUGAAGAAGAACCUGGAUGAGUGGAAAGAUCAGUAUGGGGGCCUCCGGAAUGAAGACCUGAACCAGGCAGUCCAGGAUGCCAGGAAAUCUGUGUCCAGCCUGGAGAGCACCAUUCCCCUGCUGCUGGAGAAGCUGAGCAGCCUGGAGAACAGGAGGAACAAAAAUGCCACCGUGUCAGAGAACAUCGUGAGGAUCCGGCAGCUCAUCACGCAGGCGAGGAGCGCUGCCAGCAAGGUGAAAGUGCCCAUGAAAUUCAAUGGCAGCUCAGGGGUGCAGGUCCGGAUGCCCAGCAAUCUGCAGGAUUUAGCAGCCUACACAUCCCUCAAAUUCUACAUCCAAAACCCUGAGCCCAGGGGCCAGCAGAACGAGGCAGAGGAGGGGCGGUUCGUGUUGUACCUGGGCAGCCAGGAGGCCACUGGAGACUACCUGGGCAUUGUGCUCAAGGACCGCAGAGUGCACUGGAUCUACAAGCUGGGAGAUGAGGAACCAACCUCCCUGAGUGUCGACGAGGAUAUUGGAGAGCAGUUUGUCACCAUCAGCAUCAACAGGAUCCUGCAGUACGGGCACAUGUCGGUGAUCGUGGAGAGGCAGAGGGUGCACGAGAUCAAGGGAGACAGCGUGGCCAGGGGAGAGCAGGGGCUGCUCAACCUGGACCCCCGCAGCGUGGUCUUCUACGUGGGGGGCUACCCCUCCAGCUUCACGCCCCCUCCUGCCUUGCGCUAUCCCAACUACCGCGGGUGCCUGGAGCUGGACACGCUGAACGAGGAGGUGGUGAGCCUGUACAACUUCCAGCACACCUUCGAGCUGGACACGGCUGCUGAGAAACCCUGCGCCAGGUCCAAGUCCACGGGAGACCCCUGGCUGACUGAUGGCUCCUACUUUGACGGCAGCGGCUACGCCGAGAUCAAGUUUGAGAGCCAGUUCGGCACCACCAAGCGCUUCGAGCAGGAGAUCCGCGUGGUCUCCUACAACGGCAUCAUCUUCUUCCUGGAGAACCAGGGUCAAUUCCUGUGUCUGGCCAUCCGGGAUGGGAAGCUGGCUCUUUACUAUGAUUUCAGCUCUGGCCUGGAGAUGGCAAAACCGAGCAACUCCUCGUCCCUCACCAUCAGCAGCGCCACAAACAAAGCGAUCCAAAUUUUCCUCCUCAAAAUGAAUAACAAGAAGCGCAUCCUGGUGCGGGUGGAGCGCCUCACCAUCUUUGUGGUGGAGCAGGAGAACUCCCUGGAGAACGCUGUCUCCUACUACCUGGGGGGAGUGCCCCCAGCUGUGCUGCCCCCCAGUUUGAAAUCUCUGUUCCCCACGGGUGGGCCCAUCCGGGGCUGCAUGAAGGGCUUGAAGGCCCUUGGCAAGUACGUGGACCUGAAGCGCAUGAACACCGUGGGCGUCAGCUACGGGUGCACCUCGGAUCUCCUGGUUGCUCGCUCAGUCAGUGUCCAUGGCCACGGCUACCUGACCCUGGCUCUGACGGAUGUGCCGGGGCUGAGGGACUUCUACAGCGGCUUCAGCUUCCAGACGAGCCAGCCUGAGGGGCUGCUCUACCACCACUCCACCCAGGAGGGGACGUGCCAGGUGUCCCUCCAGAGGGGCCAGCUGGCCUUGAACCUGCUGGGAAGUGAAAUCACCACUGACAGUGCCUAUGCAGAUGGCAGGGCCCACUACGUGGCCUUCUACAGCGAUGCCCGUGGGCUCAGGCUGUACGUGGAUGACAAGCUGCAGGACAGCAGGACGGGCCCCGGGCGCAGCCGGCGGCAGCGGCGCCAGGAGCAGCGUCGGCUCUUCCACCUCGGGGGCUCCCCGGAGCCAGGGGCCCUCAGCAACAUCAGCGGCUGCAUCGGGAACGUCUUUGUCAAGAGGAUGUCAGAGCCACAGAUGGUGGUGGACCUGCAGCAGAACGUGGAGAGCAUCAAUGUCACCAUGAGCUGUCCCAUGGGUGAGCAGUCACAGCAGCUCAGAGUCACUCCGAAGAAGGACAGGCGGAAACCCAAGGUGCCGGGCAAGCCAGCGCCCAAGGGCCGCCGCCACAACCAGGACGGGCUGUGCCAGCUGCACCCUCAGCCCCGCACAGCCAGGGGCUCCUCCCGCUUCGGGGGGACCCCGAGCAGCCGCUGGGAGUUUGAUGAGAUCCCAGCCUCCUUUGGGUGGAGGUCCCAUUUCUCCCUGGAGGUGAAGCUGAACUCCUCCAGUGGGCUGCUGUUCUACGUGGCGGGCGAGCGGGGCUCCUCCAUGGCUCUCUUUGUGUCCAACGGGCGCUUUGUUUUCCUGCUGGAGCUCGGCGGGCGCCGGCUGCGCAUCCGCAGCAGGGACAAGUACCGCGACCGCCGGUGGCACACGGUUUUCUUCAGCAGAGACCAGAGCCGGGCCCAGCUGGUCAUUGAUGGGCUGCGAGCCCAGGGUGCUGCAGUGGCCACCACAGGGCUCUUCGUGGCCCAGAGCCCCUUUUAUGUGGGGGGGCUUCCAGCUGGAAAAGCCAAGGCUCACAUAGCGGCUGCAUCGGCCUCCAGCUUUGAUGGCUGCCUGAGGAACCCCCAGCUGGACGGGAGGCCCCUGGGUCCCCCCUCACGCACUUUUGGGGUGACGCCGUGCUAUGAGGGCGUGCUGGAGAGCGGCGUCUUCUUCACCAUGGAUGGUGGCUCCAUCACCUUAGCUGAUGCAGUGGUGACUGAGCAGGACUUGGAGGUGACACUGGAGGUGCGUCCCCGCAGUGCCUCUGGCCUCAUCUUCCACAUCGGCACGAGGAGGAGCCACCAUCUCCUGCUGUACAUGGAGGACACCAAGGUCACUGUGAGAGCAGGCGUUGGGGCUGAUGAGUUCUCAGCGUCGGUGACGAGCCCAGCUCUCUGUGACGGGCAGUGGCACACCAUUGCAGUUACCAAAUGGAAAAACGUAAUCCAGGUGGAUGUGGACACAGAAGGCAACCACACAGUGGGGCCCAGCCAGCCCCCUGCACCCAGCACGAGGGCAACCUUCUCCCUGGGAGGGCUGCCAGAGACAGACAAGGCCAGCACAGGGCUGCUGUUACCUCCCCUCCCUCACUACGUGGGCUGUGUCAGGAACCUGCAGAUCAACCAGAGGCACGUGGACCUGCCUCGAGCUGGGACUGCCCGGGGCUCUGUCAGCCUGAAGGGCUGCCCUGUGCUCUGAGUGCCACAUCAGGGACAGCCCGAGGGACAGAACGCUGCUGCAGCCCCGGUGUCACCACCAGAGCACUGCCCGUGCUCGGACACACUUAUCUCCAGCGACUGCAGGCACAGGUCUGGGCCAAACCAGAGGGGCCACAAAUCCCAGGGGAAGGAGGGCAGGGGAGGAGGGGGCACUCUGGGGAUGUUUCACAAAUAGAACCAAAAAGUUGGAGUGGGAUGUGGUGACAGGUGAGUCCUCCUGGGUGUCAGGGAUCUGCAGCAGGGCUCGUGCUGGGAGCGUGGGCUGGAGCUCAGAGCAGCCCUGCAGCUCGUCCUCAAUCCUGUUCCCUUCACCCCACACAUACCAGGCACAUAGAUUUAGUUCACCCAACACUUGAGGCUGUUAAUAAAUGUCACAGACUGUCUGCUGAUAAAGGCUGCAGGCGGUUUCUGGUUUAUAAUAAAUGCAAUUAGGACAAACUGGAUUAAUUCUGUCGGUUUUGGGGUUUUGUAAGCAAGGGCACAUUUAACCUCCCCCCAAGGGCAGUCUCAGCUCACCUGCUACUGCUACAGAGUUCUGCAAGGGGGAACUUGGACAAAAUUCUGUUCACAGAAUUAGCAUCUUCUUAUCAGAAUAAUUUAUAAGAAUCAAAAAAAGAACAGAAUAGGCUGGGAGAACUGCUGAGGUGAAGCAGAAAGGCACAACCGCCACUGGCUCUGCACUUGCAUUCAGCACUGGUAGUACACUGACAAAAGUCCUGUUGUGUGAAGCAAGAAACCACUGCUUUAAAGGGAAGAAAUAGAAAGGUUACCUCCACACCUGGCCCUCACCCUCCCUGGCUCCUGCUCAGCCUCCCUCAGCCCUGCUGCAGUGCAGUCUCCACUUGAAGCAGCUUUUUCCUCCCAAGACACCCAGUUCACUGUGCACUUACACGUCAUAUAUAUAUUUGUGUGUGUAUAUAUAUCUCUGGCCACUUGGGGACAAAAUCUUGCUUCUGAAAUGGACUUGUAACUUAUAUCAUUAUAUUGUGGGGGUUUUUUUUAUGAGGGGUAAAUAUUGUAAAAUGGGUUUUUAACAUGUCCAUCUUAAAUGUAAUUAUGACCUGUUUUUAAAGUUGUAGUAUUAAAGAUGGUCUUUGUAAAUCACUGGUAAAUACUUUGGAGUCAAAUAAAGUUUUAUGUUACUCUCUUUCACUUUA